AUGCCGCUCGUGUACGCGCUCGUGGCGCGCGCAGCGGACGCGGUCGUGCUGGCGCAGCACGCCGUCGUCAACGGAAACUUCCAGGCAGUUGCCCUCGAGUGCCUGGACCGCGCGCGCAGCGGCGGGGAGGAGCGCUUCAGCAUAACCUGCGACGGCUACACCUUCAAUUACCUCAUCAACAGCGGCUACGUGUUUGUGGUCGCCGCGGAUGACGCGUAUGGGCGCCAGAUCCCCUUUGCGUGCUGCAAGCGGAUCGCGGACGCGUGGACCGAGCGCUUCUGGGAGAAGGGGCGCACCGCAGCUCCCAACAGCAUGGAGCGCACCUUUGGCCCCGUGCUGCGCCGCGAGAUGGAGUACUGCCAGUCCCACCCCGAGGAGAUGAGCCGGAUGGCGGCGGUGCAGCAGAAGGUUGACGAGGUCAAGGGGAUCAUGGUCCAGAAUGUGGAGUCUGUGCUGCAGAGGGGGGAGAACCUGGAUGUGCUCGUGAACAGGACGGAUGAUCUUAGGGACCAGGCUCACAAGUUCCAGAUCCAGGGCACGCAGCUGCGCAAGCGCAUGUGGUGA